AUGUUUCAGGUCCGGACGAGGUUGGUGGCACCUGGUGGAGAAGCACUUGGUGGUGUAAUUGGAGCUUUUCGUCAUGUGGUUCAAACUGAAGGGUUCUUUUCUCUUUACAAGGGUUUACUCCCGUCUAUCUUGAGUAUGGCACCCUCAGGAGCUGUUUUCUAUGGGGUAUAUGACAUUUUGAAAUCGGCGUAUUUGCAUUCACCUGAAGGAAGAAAAAGAAUUCAGAACAUGAGACAGCAGGAUCAAGAAUUGAAUGCUUUAGAACAGCUCGAGUUGGGACCAAUGAGGACUUUCUUGUAUGGAGCUAUUUCCGGUGCUUGUGCUGAAGCUGCUACCUAUCCAUUUGAGGUUGUGAGGAGGCAGCUCCAACUGCAAGGCCGAGCUACUAAAAUGAGUGCAUUGGCAACAGCUGUCAAGAUUGUUGAACGAGGAGGUUUCCCUGCUCUUUAUGCAGGUCUUAUUCCCAGUUUACUACAGGUGUUACCUUCAGCGUCAAUAAGCUACUUUGUUUACGAGUUUAUGAAGAUUGUUCUUAAGGUGGAGUGA